UUUCAGUCAGCAGCACUUUUAUAGUUUUCAUCCGGUUAUCACCUGACUUUUCAUCCCCUGCCCUGCAGUGGCUGACGUACCGUCGUUGAUGUGAAACCUUAUAAGAAGCUUAGAUUCUUGUUGCUUCGUUGCUACAGUGUCGCUACACGGUGAUCUUCUUCCGUCUAUUCAACAUCAAGCGGGCUGACGUCACACUGCACAUUUCAAAUAGUGAAAGCAGAUCAUAACAAACACUGAAAUCGAUCCAUUUGUUUUUCUGUUGUUAUAUAGGACAUCACUAGAAAGUUAACCUUGUAAUAAAACCAAUCAACCAUGUCGCCGACUGUACCGACAACGACGGGCCCAUCCAAUUCUUGGAUACGUCUCGGUCCGUCUUCACUUCCGUCUUCAACUGCCGGCGCCGUGUCGAAUCUGAUUCGAGUCGACCAAUCAACAAGACAACAUUGCGAAGACGACGGUGCGAAAGGCAGCAGAAUUGCUGAUGCAUACGGUAGACCUCUGGACAUGUGCAACGACAAUGGAGCAGGGAAUAACGGAAAUUGUUGGUUAUUGACGCAUCAGAGUGUGUCAUCAGUAUCGCUAAAUGGAAGUUGGCAGCGUCGAGACUAUCACGAGCCAAUGACUAUGGAGACGGCCGAGUUUUGGAUCCAUCAACUCCGUUCCGUCUUGCACGAAACUCGCUCCAAUCUCAAUCUCAUUGUUGCCUUUCAUCAUCGCCAAAUGCAGAAACGACAAAGUCAACUAUCUUCGGAUUUAUAUGCAAAGCCAGCAGAGACGAUGAUGACAUCCAAGUCUGUGGCAGUUCAGACAAACAGCGAAUCGAACAAUGGGAAGCAAAUGGAGUCUGCUAAAGAGUCGAAAUUGAGUUGUUAUCGGAAAUCAGUUGCAACACCGCGUCUGCCUUCUCAUUCAGAUUGCUCAAUUAUCCCCGCAUCAAAGCCAAGAGCGUCCACCGUGUCGCUGGAUGGAUGCCGUUGCCCUGGCAACAGCUGUUGCUCACCGUCUACCCACCGCUGCCUUAAAGGAACUUGCAAAACGCUUAAUGGGCAAAAAGUGCCACCACCUCAUCGCGACGAGGCCAAGUGCAAUCACCAUCGUCAGUGGGAAAAGAAUAUCAACACAUCCCUUUUGCUAUUGAACGAUGCCUGGCAAUUGGCUGGAUUACACACUCGUCAGCGAAUGUCCAUUCUCAGUCGCCACUAUAGGACUCUUUAUCGACACUAUCGGAGGCUACGCAAACGGCAUCGCAAUUUGCGUCGAUCUAUGCGCCGCACGUCUCGUCAAACUCGUUACAUUCAACACCAACUUCAGGAUCAAUCGUUAAGCAAGUGGACGAUGUUGCCGCUGACUGGGUCGACCGUUUGAAAGGAUUGGUCGACGACACUACAGCCGAAGGAUCUUGAUCGGAUUAUUCAUAUUCACCCUGUGAUUUCACGUCACGAUCUUCGUUAGCAGAAAGAGGAUCAGAGCGACUGAAAUCAUCGCCUUUGUCGGCGCCAACAUCCAAUUCAUUCAGCCUUUAUCGAUGGUAUUCUUCGUUGUCUCUGAAACUCAGCUGGAUUCAAACGUCGCAUAGGAACGUCAUUGAAAAAAUCCUCUUAUUCCAGCGUAUCUCUCAAGAUGUUUGAUGUUUUGUACGGAUGUGUAUUGCUGAUUUGCAGAGGGGAAAAAAAAAAGACGGCCAACUCUUUUGUCCAGCACUUGCUACAAAGUUCUGUGCUUUGACACCGGUAUCUCGGUCCUUGUGUAUUCAAAGGCUCUUUAUUAUUCCUUUUAUACGCCAUGUUUUAUUCAUGUACAUAUACUCUUUUGCAUGUUGCCGCACCGUCGCCUAUUUUCGAUUUAUUAGAAAUCUGGUUGGUGGUGGAACUGAAUUUUGAAAUGUCGAUUUACUUUUACGUCGUUAUUCUGGUGUUUUAGAGCUUCGUUGACGUCAUCAAUCCGUUGUGUCUAUCCAACUCUUAAUCAUUCUUUCUUUGAAACUGUUUAAUCAUCAAACAUUUCACAGCAACCGCAUGUACGUUUUAUGGUUAAAACUUUGUAAGUUGAUGUGUUCUAAUGUUUUUUUAAAGGACUUUUCGCCGAGUUGCUGUGCAGAAGAAAAAACAGACAUUUUCCAGCACCACCACAAACAUCAAGGAAACUCAAUUAUAACAAGGAGGCAGUCUUUAUGGGUCUUUUUUUUUGGUAACAGGCGAACUUUUUAAAUCUAUUCUACGCGCACGUUGCAUUAACUCUGCUCUAGCCAAACAAAGACGGAGAUGCUACCGAUCAUGUAACCCAUACCCACAGUCUUACAUGAUUAUAGCUGUCAGCCAUCAAUUUUGAUCUACGUGCACAAAAUCAAAUAUUUGUUGUAGUAGAAGUAGUAGUGGUGAGUAUAAUAAGUUGUACGGGGUCUCAGCCUUUUGUUUAGAUGUGCUUAGCCCAAGUUUAAUGUUAUGCCCAAGUCUGCCAUUGCAAACGUAGUUUGUCUCAUGCAAAGUGUAUCGAUUCAUUUCCGCUACUUGAUAUAUAGUUCUACAAUUUAA